AUGAAGACAAUCGCAACCGCGUCAAUCUUGCGGCCGGCCACCCUCCUCAGCAGCUGUCACCCUGUGCUUCCUCCGCUCGCCGUGCGGAGGAACUAUGCGACGCGGGGAGGCUCCUCGAAACGGCGCUCAGUGACCCCCUUCAACGAUGACGGGCACGUGCCAUGGACCCAGCUGUCAGGAGCCGAGAAGACUGCCAGGGCAGCGCAGCAAUCCUUCAACUUCGGCUUUAUCUUGGUCGGCGUUGGCCUGACCGGUGUCGUCGGCUAUUUCCUCUUCACAGAGGUCUUCUCGACUGAGAGCAAGACCACUUAUUUUAACCGUGCCGUCGACCGGAUAAGGACGGACCACCGAUGCCUUGAGCUGUUGGGAGAUGGCAAGAAGAUCAAGGCGCAUGGCGAGGAGACUCACAACAGGUGGGCAAGGUCGAGACCAAUUGCGUCCUCGGAGCGGACAGACCCGCAAGGGAAUCACCAUCUCCUGAUACACUUUUACCUGGAGGGCCCACGCAACAGGGGCUCGGCGCAUAUACAUCUGAUCAGAUAUGCUGGGCACAGUGAGCAUGAGUAUAAGUACUUUUAUGUCGAUGUCAAGGGCCAUCAGAGAGUAUAUCUUGAGAACGCCGAUGCCAAGUCGCAAGAAGAUGGAGGCAGAGGAGGGACAAAGCUCUUCGGCAUCAAAUGGAGUUGA